AUGCACCUCGUGGAUCAGCCCGUGCACGGCAGUGGCUCUGCCAGAACCAUCCAAGAGGCCAUCGACGCCCGGGUAUUGGGCGCUAACGCACUUGCUGCGCUCACGUUUACCUUCUGGGACAUCUGCAUAACUUAUGACCAGGAGAUCGAGCGAAUAUGGCUGGCUUCAUGGCGAAAUCCUACUAAAUGGCUAUUUCUCAGUUUUCGAUACUUCUCGCUGGCAGCUCAGGCAGGCCUUCUUGUCCAGAUACUGGACAUUUCCCAUGGAACUUUCUUCGAUAACCAGCAAUGCCACGCUUGGUGGAUGCUGCAGGUCGUUGCCAUACCGAUCGUGAUCACUUUGGUGCAGGUUGUCCUCAUUUUACGUGUAUGUGCACUCUACCAUCACCAAUGGCUCAUCAAGUCGGUCUUGGCUACCUUGUGGAUAGGUUCAGUUUCGGCCGCCGUCAUAGGUACUGCGGUGUAUAUUGGUCGUAUCCGGUUGAAUCCGAUAUGCGCUCCUGCAGAAGAUGCAGAAACCAGAGAGCACGCAAAGGACAUGUUUGCCAUCACCAUAUCCGUUUCUUUCCUUCUCGAGCUCGUCCUCGCUGUUCUAACACUCGCCAAGUUCAUCAUGGCAUUGAAGCAGGGGUGGGGACGUACGCCUAUAUUAUCCAUGGUAGUUCGCGAUGGAUUGUGGGCUUUUCUUCUUAGUUUGGGGUGCUCGAUUGCCAACCUACACGUAACCGUCGGCAAGCCGAGUACUUCGGGAAUCGUUUCAUACUGCUGGACGAUUGCUUUCCUGUCAUUCACCGGGUCACGGAUCGUGUUGAACAUGCGAUCUUUCCCAUCUCAGCCCGAAACUCAGGACGACGAUCUCGUGCAUUCCAACGUCAACGAGAGCAGGCCGAUGCUCACCACACACGUAUUCAUCGAUGGUGAAUGCCUACCUGCAGCCUCUCUGCUGCCACCACGGAAACCCCGUCCUAUGCGCAUAGGGUCACAGCAGAAAUUCCAGGAGACCGAUCGCGAAAACUCUUCAACCUCGGAAAUGGACUCUCAAUGA